AUGGAGCGAGAUGGAGAUACUCUUUGUGUUCCUCCAUUGCGGAUUAUGGCUGAUCCUUUGGUUGCUAGGUGCAUUUACUCUGGCAAAGGUUAUAUGAUUCCUUUGAAUCAAUGUAUGGACUAUUCUGACUUGUAUGAAAACAUUUUCCGUACAUUCCAGUUUUUACCAAGUGAUGUUAUUGAGCUUCAGUAUUCAGUUAUCGCAUUUAAGACUGAAGUUCACAAGACGUAUUUGUCUGAUAAGUGGAGUUCUUAUAUUCAUCAUGUCGGGGAGAAGUUUCAUGGUGCAGCUGAGCUCCGUGAGAAGCUCAGGAAGUAUGCAAUUGCAGUGGGUUUUGAGUUUGUAUUUUUGAGAAAUGAUUUGGACCGUAUUCAUGCAGUCUGUACAAAUGUUGGAACCGAAGGUUAUGAUUGGCAUCUUCGCGCUCUUUCAUCAUCUGCCAAUGUGGUAGUUGGGACUCAAAAGCACAAGCUUUUGGGAUCUAAGGUUGACAAAACUUGCAUUGCUGCCGAUGUUAGCUAUAAUCUUUCAUUGAAGCCAAGGGAGAUUAUGAGUAAGUUCAAAUCAACAUAUGGGUUUGAUAUUUCCUACAAGGUUGCCUUGAAAGCAAAGCAUAGGGCUAAGGAAGUGAUUUAUGGUUUCAAUGCAGAUUCGUUCAAGAAGUUAUCUUGGUAUAAGGAAACUGUUUUGCAGAGUAACCCGGGCUCUUCUUUUGUGUUGGAAGUUGACACAUCUACUAAUUGUUUUCAGAGGCUUUUCGUAGCUUACGGAGGUUGUGUUGAAGGCUUCCAAUUGUGUUUGCCUGUGUUGUAUGUUGAUGGAACAUUCGGUAAAAGCAUUUACAAGGGUCAGAUUCUUUCUGCUACUGGACGGAAUGGAAAUCAAGGUUUCUACCCUCUAGUCAUAUGUUUUUGUGAUUUUGAGACAGAUGCAAAUUUGACAUUCUUUUUUAAGCAUUUGAAGAGUUUGCUUGAACCUCAAGGAAGAGCCAUCACAUUUAUUAGUGAUCGGGGUACUAGACUGUUGAGUGCUUUCGAUAAGGUAUUUGUUGGUCAUCCUCACCUAUUUUGUUACAAGCAUUUGGUGGCAAAUCUUGCUGGUAAAUAUAGGGGUAAAGGUGAUUCUGUCUUGAUAAAAGAUGUUAAGAAGAAGUUUGCUAAGGUUGCAUAUUCCUCUACUAAGAAGGAAUACCGUUUUAAUUUGUGGUUGCUUAGAGAAGUUGGUGGUGCCGAGAUUAUUGACCCUUUUCUUGCUGAAAUCCCUGUGGAAAAUUGGUGCCGCACAUUUUAUACUAGCUGCCGAUAUGGAAUUAUGGCUAAUGGGAUUGCUAAAUCAUUUAACUCUUGGAUUGCAAUUGAGCGUUUGAUGCCGGUCUAUUGUAUGUUGGAUCAUACUAGAAUAAAACAAAUGGAGCAGAUGGGUGAGAGGAGGGAUGAGGCACACCGUUGGACCACAGAACUAACUCCCAAAAUGGAGGAAAGGUUGAAGGUGCAGAUAAAGAAAUCUCGUCGUUUUAGUGUCCAUUAUUCUAGCCUUGGAGUUUACGAGGUUCGAUCUGACUUUUCUUAUGUAGUUAACAUUUUUGAUCAUUCAUGUUCAUGUGUGAAAUGGCAGAUCAAUUGUUUUCCUUGUCCUCACGGCCUUGCUGCAAUACAAGCUGCCUUUGAAAAUGUCUAUGAUUAUAUUGAUAAGUACUUUCAUGUUGAUAUGUUCAAGAAGAGCUACAGUUUUCCUAUCCGGUUGAUAACCAAUGUCAAUAUGUCUUCUUCUGAAUCUGCUACUGACUAUAUAUUACCUCCCCUUGCGAAGAGGCCACCUGGGAGGCCUAGGGUGAAGCGGUUCAAGUCUGUUGGAGAGGUUGAAAAGAAGCUGAUUCAUUGUGGCCGUUGCGGCAAAAUGGGCACUCAUAACAAGUUGAGCUGCACAGAACCUCUUGUCCAGCAGUAG